CUCCCAGCUGUUAAUUACGGACCGCUCUUCCAGCGGAAGCCGCCAGGAGCUAAGGGAAGGGUGGCGACGGCUCGGCGGCAGCGGGGAGCGCCUCGGGCUCGUCGUGCAGCCCGCCUCGCGCCGGCCCUACCGCGCUGCUCCCGCAACGGGGGCGCCUGUGUGGCCGCACCGCAACGAUCCUUCGCCGAUGAGGAAGGAGACUGCAGCCUUACGGGGAUGCACGCUGCCGCACCGGGAAACGAAGGCGUUUGGGAAAGCGUUGCCGGCCAAGUGGCGGGGGAAAAAACAAGAAGCGGCCAAACGCCGGCGCCGACGUUGCUUCCGUGCGGGGACGGCGGGGGCAGACGUUGGGCGGCGCGGCGGCGGCCCCGGCCACUGCGGCAGGCCGGGCUGUGGCGCCGCGAGCCAGGCGGCGCGGGCUGCGCGCGCGCAGUGGCCCCGCCGUGAGGCGGUGGGGCGGGGGGCGCUCCCGGGAGGGCGGGGCGAGCCCUCCCGCCGCGGGAGCGCUCGCGCGGGGCUGGCGGGGCGGGGCGGGGCGGGGCCGUGCGGCCCGUUUCCGCCGUCCCGCAGCACUGCGGUGACCGGCGGCGGCUGGCGAGGCGGGGCCCAGCGGCCGGGCCGCCGAGCGAGGGCCUCCCCCGAGCGCUCUCCGAAAGCCGUCGGCAGGGCGCAAGAUGGUGAACAUGGAUCCAGAUACUUCCAGAUGGCUUCUUGUGGUCAAGAUAAUAAGGUCAAAAUCUGGCUUAUUUUGUUUGCAGACUCCUUAGGUGUUGAAUUAAGAUACAAAUGUACAUUGAGUGGACAUUCUGCCCCAGUUCUGGCUUGUGCGUUUUCUUAUGAUGGACAGAUGCUAGUUUCAGGGUCUGUGGACAAGUGUGUCAUAAUAUAUGAAACUAAUACUGGAAAUAUACUUCAUACUUUGUCUCAGCAUACCAGAUAUGUUACAACUUGUGUUUUUGCACCAUGUACUGCCUUACUUGCCACAGGUUCAAUGGAUAAAACUGUGAACAUAUGGCAAUUUGACAGUAAGCAACCCUGUGCAGGAAAUACUGUAGAAAAGGAAUCUGAGGUGGCUGUUCAGAACUGGUCAGAGGAUGAUGUUUCAGCCUGGCUUUGUGCACAGGGCUUAACAGACCUUGUUGGGCUUUUCAAACGGAAUAACAUUGAUGGCAAAGAACUCCUGCAUCUUACAAAGGAAAGUCUGACUAAUGAAUUAAAAAUUGAGUCUCUAGGCCUGCGCAGUAAAAUCCUUCAGAAAAUUGAAGAACUGAGGAUGAAAAUGGUCUCUGUUUCUGUUGCUAUCCCUGAUGAGUUCUUAUGUCCUAUAACUCGGGAGCUUAUGAAGGAACCUGUCAUUGCAGCAGAUGGCUAUUCCUAUGAAAAGGAGGCAAUGGAAAAUUGGAUCAGUAAUAAAAGACGAUCUAGUCCCAUGACAAAUCUUCCUCUUCACUCUCUUAUGCUUACGCCAAAUAGGACACUGAAAAUGGCUAUCAGUCGCUGGCUGGAGACUCAGCAAAAGUAUGGUGAAACCACUUAAGUUUUGAAGUUGUUUAUUAAAACAAAACGAAAUUGUAUGUAGCUAACAGAAAUAAUUGUGUCAGAAACAAGGGGAAAUGAAGUUUAAUUCUGUUUUACUCCAGAUGUCAUUUCAAUCUUUAUGCUAAGAAAAGAAUGUCUUUACUGGUGGAAGCUGCUAAAAAAUUACCGAUUUUUUUUUAAAGUUACUGAUAAUUUCACUUUGUAGUAUUUCUGUUUAAGAAAUCAAACAUUCAGAUUCACAGUUUUUCAAAUAAAGUUUUCUUAAAAUUUUCACUACA